AGAGAGAGAGAGAGAGCGCGAGAGAGAGCGAGAGAGAGAGAGAGCAGGUCGCGCAUCGAUCUGCACAGGCGCACUGACUUCUCCUGGCGAACGUUGGACACUUUUCACUUUUCACUUUGUUGUCUUACUGACCAGCAUGCUCAUCAACUAUUUGUUGUUGCUGGCAUUGGCCGGGUGGCGCUGCGGCAUCAUCGCGGCGUACGUCUUUCAGGCCAGCCGACCCGCCGAGGGCGGAGAUGCCCCGCCCACGCACACCAAAGGUGAGAACACUCACUGGAACACUUUGGAACAAUACAGAUGACCAGUUCUGUACGGCUCCUGUGCCGGGUCCCUGGUGUCCCUGGUGUCCCCUGUGUCCGGUUCUUUGUUUCCGUGGUGUCCCCUGUGACUGGGCCCUUGUGUCCCCCCUCGUCUUGUCUCUUGUGUCCGUCCCAUGUGUCCACUGUCUCGUGUCUUUGGUUUCUCCUAUGUCGUGUCCCUUGUGCCCCUGGUGUCUCCUAUCUGAUUCCUUGUGUCCCCUGUGUCUACUCACCUGUGUUUGGUGUCGUGUCUGUGGUGUCUCCUGUGUUCGGUUUCUUGUGCCCCUCUUGUCGUGUUCCUCGUGUCUACAAUGUCCAAUUUCUUGUCAACCUUCUCGUGUCUCCAAUGUCCUUGGUGUUUUCUGUGCCUGAUUCCUUGUGUUCCUUGAGUCAUGUCCCCUGCCUUCGGUGUCUUGUGUCCAUGGUGUCCUCCGUGUCCGGUUCUUUGUUUCCGUGGUGUCGCCUGUGACUGGGCCCCUUUGUCCCCCUCGUCAUGUCUCUUGUGUCCCUGGUGUCUUCUGUGUCUGGCUCUUUGUUUCUGUGGUGUCCCCUGUGUCCGGGCCCUUGUGUCCUCCUUGUCAUGUCUCUUGUGUCCCUGGUGUAUCCUGUGCCACUUGUGGCAUGUCCCUUGUGUCUGGUUCCAUGUGACCCUGAUGUCUACUGUGUCCGAUUCCUUGUGUACACCGUCUCGUAUCUCCUGUGUCCGUGGUGUCUGUGGCUGGUUCCUUGUGUACCCUUUGUCGUGUCCCUUGUGUUCCCGGUUUGCUCUGGCUCCCGGGUCCCGUCCUCCUCGUGUCCACGGUGUCUCCGCAGUGGUGUCGGCGUGGGUGAGCUCGUCGGGCUCAUGCAAGGGUCGCUGCUUCGAGUUGGAGGAAGCCGAGCCUCCGGGAUGUCGUUGUGACAACUUAUGUAAAACUUACUACGGCUGCUGCUCUGACUUUGACCAGCACUGUCUCAAAACGGCGGGACGCUUCGAGUGCCGUCCGGAGCGUUGCGGUGAGGGGAGGAAAGACGAGCAUGCGUGUCACUGCACAGAUGACUGCCUGGAAAAAGGAGACUGCUGCUCCAACUACAAGGCGGUCUGCCAAGGAGAGGAGUCAUGGCUCCAAGGAGACUGUGAGGAGAUCGUCAGCGCUGAGUGUCCAGCCGGUUUCAUCCGGCCGCCACUCAUCAUGCUGUCUGUGGACGGUUUCCGGGUGUCCUACCUGAAGAAGGGUGUGUCCGUCAUGCCCAACAUCCAGAAACUCAGAUCAUGUGGGACAACUGCUCCGUACAUGCGGCCCGUCUACCCGACCAAGACCUUCCCAAACUUGUACACGUUGGCCACGGGCCUCUACCCAGAAUCCCACGGAAUCGUGGGCAACACCAUGCAUGACCCGGUGUUCAACGCCACCUUCAGCCUACGUUCCCGAGAGAAGCUAAACCAUCGCUGGUGGGGCGGGCAGCCGAUCUGGAUCACCGCUAAGGAACAGGGCGUCAAAGCCGGAACCUUCUUCUGGCCCUGGGUCAUCGAACUAGAGAGACGAAUCCUCACCAUCCUGCAAUGGCUGAAGCUGCCCGACCAACACAGACCUUACGUGUACGCGGUGCACUCGGAGCAGCCUGACACCUUUGGACAUCGCUGGGGUCCCCUGAGCAGUGAGCUGGACAACACGCUGCGGCAGAUCGACGGCGUGAUCGGUCAGCUGAUGAACGGCCUGAAGCAGAUGAACCUCCAUCGCUGCGUCAACGUCAUCGUCGUGGGCGACCACGGCAUGGAGGAGGCGCACUGCGACCGCACCGAGUUCCUCAGCAGCUACCCGCUCAACAUUGACGACAUCACGCUCAUCCCGGGCUCACUGGGCCGGAUACGGCCUCGAGACGCCAAGUCCGCUUCAUACGAACCUCAGCAGGUGGUCGCCAACCUGACGUGCAAGAUGGCGACGCAGCACUUCACGCCGUACCUCAAGCAACACCUGCCCAAGAGACUCCAUUAUGCCAACAACCGCCGCAUUGAGGACGUGCACCUGCUCAUGGAGAGGAAGUGGCAUGUCGCCAGGAAAAUGCCAGAAAAGAUGCGUACGCGUUGCGGUUUCUUUGGCGACCACGGCUUCGACAACAAGAUCACCAGCAUGAGGACCAUCUUCAUGGGACACGGGCCCAGCUUCCGCUUCCGCACUCAAGUGCCGGAGUUUGACAACAUCGAGCUUUACAACGUCAUGUGCGACCUGCUCGGCCUGAAGCCGGCGCCAAACAACGGGACGCACGGGAGCCUGAACGCCAUGUUGAAGUCGCCGCCCUUCCAGCCCGUCAUGCCAGAGGAAGUGACGCCACCGGCGCAGGACGAGGACGCGGCAGAGGCGGCGACGGGGCCGGGGGCGCCGGUCACCUUCGACCUCGGCUGCAGCUGCGAUGACGAGAACAAAGUGGAGCAGAAUGUGGAAGCCUUCAGCCCCGCCCAAGAUGGCGUCGACGGCUACAACGUGACACAGCUGCCGUUCGGCCGACCCGCCGUCAUGUUUGAGGCUCGUUACGCUUUGCUGCAUCACUCCGACUUCAUCAGCGCGUACAGCCGCCAACUGGCCAUGCCGCUGUGGACGUCCUUCACGCUGAUGCCGCAGGAGGACGUCACUUCUCUUCCAGAAGGUUCCGCCAGCGGCCCGUGCCUGCGAACGGACCCGCGGGUGUCGGCCGACCACAGCGCCAGCUGCAGCGCCUACGAGCAGAACCGCCUCCUCGGCUACGGCUUCCUGUUCCCGCCAGAGUUGGCGUCGUCGCCCGAGUCCAGAUACGAGGCAUCGCUCAUCACCAACACCGCGCCCAUGUUUCCCGCCUUUACUCGAGUGUGGCGUUACCUGCAGGGCGCCCUGCAUAGGCGCUAUGCACAGGAAAACAACGGCGUCAACAUCCUCGCCGGACCGGUCUUUGACUACAACUACGAUGGCCGGCGAGACACCCUGGAGGAAAUUCGAGAGUGGUCUCCCGGCACGCCGCCUGUGCCCACUCACUUCUUCACCGUGGUGACCAGCUGCCGCCAAGCCAACCAAACACUGGACGAGUGCGACGGCGAUCUGAGCGUCUUCUCCUUCCUGAUUCCUCACCGAGACGACAACAGCGAGACCUGCAACAGCAACGACGGCGAGCGGCUUUGGGUGGAGGGGCUGCUGCAGCUCCAUACGGCCAGGGUCCGAGACGUGGAGAUAAUCACCGGGCUCGACCUUUACCGGGCCAACAACCAGAGCUACAGCGGCAUCCUCGGCCUCAAGACGUACCUGCGCACCUUCGAGACGGACGACUGACACCCGGAGAUCUGACCGAGAGACGGUCGACUAGCUGACGCUCGACCAGGUGACACCAAACCAGGAGACACUGCGACCAGCUGAAACCUGACAAGAAAGGUCCAACCAAGCGACACCCGAGACAGACACCUGACCAAAUGAUACCGAUCCUACUGACACCCAAACAAGUGAUGCGCGACCAACACCAGACACCUGACACCGGACUUACUGGCGCCGAUACGGCCGCCGAACAAAAGACACCCGACCUACCGACACCUGACAAAGAGACAUCGACCGACUGAAAACCGAGUACGACCUUCGCAAUAGAUUUUUUUUUGGUGCGUUCAUUCAACGUAGGACGGGAACAUACCGCUUCCUUCCGCCUGCCAUACCUGUCUGAAAACCAAGUGGGCGUGGCUAAAUACCAUGAACAGAACAUAUGGACGCACGCACGCAAUCACCAUCAUUGUAUUUCAACUCAUUCACUUUUUGUUUGCCCUGACGUGAAUGUCAUUCUUGGUUUUGGCCUCCGCAGGGCGCCGUGGCUCACAGGUUUUAUGCUAAGCUAAGCUAACGUCUUAUUUAACACGCUCAACACUAUAACGUCGGCUUGUUGUCUGCAAGCACAAGUAAAGGACUGUUAUGAACUACUUUGUUGUUUCCAAUUUCUAUGAGCUCUCCUUACAAAAAAAACCCAAAACAAAAACAUCCAAGAACAAACAAAUGAAGUCGUCAUCAGUCAUCAUUGCUGGAUUCUUUUCAGUUCAAAUGGACACUUUGCUAAGUCUGUUUCAUCCAGCCAGCGUCUAACUCCUCAUGAAAAUCUGGGAUCAGGAUCAAAUGGAAGAACAUUCCACCCGAAUGUAUUUAGCAACAUCAAGAAAACAAAGAGGUCCCUUUAAGAGCCAUUUUCGGAUUGUGUUAGUCUUCAGAAUUCCAGAAUUGUAGUCCAAAUAAAUCGGUUUCCAUUUGUCA